GAAUCACGGCCUCAGCAGCUCUGGUUCUUCAUGCUUCCUCUCCGGAGAGAAAGGGCUAGAACCAAGCCUCGAACGGAUGAGACCCCUAACGAGCAGACCUUUCCUUGCAAACCGUGCUUCCGCCCAGCCGCCGAGGCCCAGCAGCCCCCCGCUGGUAUGAGGGCACCGCAGCUGCGAUCCCCCGUCCCAGAGCCGCUCAGCCAGUGACCGGCGCGCCCCGCGAGCCCCGAGCCCCCCCGCGGCCGCUCCUCGUGCUGUCGAAGUGGGCGCCCGCGAUGGAGGGGCUGCUGCACUACAUCAACCCGGCCCACGCCAUCUCCCUGCUGAGCGCCCUCAACGAGGAGCGCCUCAAGGGACAGCUGUGCGACGUGCUCCUGAUCGUGGGUGACCAGAAGUUCCGAGCGCACAAAAACGUCCUGGCCGCCAGCAGCGAGUACUUCCAGACCUUAUUCACCAGCAAGGACAACGAGUCCCAGACCGUCUUCCAGCUGGACUUCUGCGAGCCGGACGCGUUCGAUAACGUCCUGAACUACAUUUACUCCUCGUCCCUGUUCGUCGAGAAGAGCAGUCUGGCGGCCGUGCAGGAGCUCGGCUACAGCCUCGGGAUUUCCUUCCUGACCAACAUCGUCUCCAGAACCCCUCAGGCCCCCUUUCCGACGUGUCCCAACAGGAAGAAAGUAUUCAUCGAGGACGAUGAAAGCAGUUCUCAGAAGAGAAGCGUCAUCGUGUGCCAGAGUAGAAACGAAGCCCAGGGAAAAACCGGGAGUCAGAACCAGCCCGACCUAAGCCACCCGGCCCGGCCCUCCCCGAGCACCGCCGUCAAGACCGGCCCCGGUAAGCCCCACGUCCCCAAACCGGCCGAGCCGCUGCCCGGCUCUCCGCUGGCCGAGAAGGGCUGGCCGAGAGACGGCUCUGUGGGCUUCGCGAAGGUGGUGGAGCGCGCGGGGCCUCUGGAGGACCCCGGCAGAGGCGGGCUGGGGACGCGGAGCGCGCCGCUGUCUUCCAGGCCCCUGCAGGACAGGGAGGCCGCGGACGAUAAACUUCCCAAAGGCAAAGCCAUCGAGCUGGCUCUGAAGAGACCGCGGCCGCCGGUGUUGUCCCUCGGAAGCGCGUCGGAGACCCCCUACGUGCUGAAGGAGACGCACAAAGGAGGGGGUCAGGGCGAGGACAGGAACCUGCUGUACUACUCCAGGCUGGGGCUGGUGGUCCCGUCCGGCGGCGCGGGGCCCGGGAAGCCCGGCAUCGACAGGAGCGGCCCGCUCGUCAAGAGUCUGCUCAGACGCUCGUUGUCCAUGGACAGCCAGGUGCCCGUCUACUCGCCCGCCAUGGAGCUCACGUCUUCCCAGGGGCCCUCUUCUGGGGCAGGCGAGGUGCCGGGGAGCGUGUUCUGUGCCCUGUCUCAGAAGUCGGCCCUGAAGGAGUGCGGGGAGAAGGCGGCCGUCGACGAGCGGAGCCCCGCGCCCCAGCCGCACCGCCUCAGGUCCUUCAGUGCCUCGCAGCCCACGGACAGGGAGGGCGAGCCGGCCGUGACCGAGGUCCGCAUCAAGACGGAGCCCCGCAGCCCGCUGUCUGACCCCUCCGACAUCAUCCGCGUCACCGUGGGAGACCCGGCCGCCGCCGCCGCCGCCAGGGACCUCCCCGUGAAAACCGAAGACGACCAGAAGGACAUGAGCAGGCUCCCGGCAAAAAGAAGGUUCCAGGCGGACCGGAGGCUGCCGCUGAAGAAGGUGAAGGAGGACGAGCACGGGUCUCCGGCGUCCGAAGACACCUUCGAGGAGGGCUCCAGCCCUCCCCUCCCCGAUGCAGAGUUUCCAGAUUCUGACUUGAACAAAGAUGAAUUUGGUGAGUUGGAGGGAACAAGACCCAACAAAAAAUUUAAGUGCAAACACUGCCUUAAGAUCUUUAGAUCGACGGCGGGUCUUCACCGGCACGUUAACAUGUACCAUAACCCAGAGAAGCCCUACGCUUGUGACAUCUGUCACAAGCGGUUUCACACCAACUUCAAAGUGUGGACGCACUGUCAGACCCAGCACGGCAUAGUGAAGAACCCGUCGCCGGCCUCUAGUUCACAUGCCGUUUUGGACGAGAAAUUCCAAAGGAAGCUGAUUGACAUAGUGCGCGAGAGAGAGAUUAAGAAGGCCCUGAUCAUUAAGCUGAGGCGCGGCAAGGCUGGCUUUCAGGGCCAGAGUAGCUCCCAGGCCCAGGCCAUCAAGAGGAACCUGCGGUCGCGAGCCAAAGGAGCGUACGUCUGUUCGUACUGCGGAAAAGCCUACCGCUUCCUCUCGCAGUUCAAGCAGCACAUAAAAAUGCACCCGGGAGAGAAGCCCGUUGGCGUCAGUAGGGCCGCCAAGCCCAGGGAGCACGUCUCUCUGGAGAGGCCGGUAGAGAACAAGGAGGUUUACCAGUGCCGCCUCUGUAAUGCUAAGCUCUCUUCUCUUCUAGAGCAAGGAAACCACGAGCGGUUGUGCAGGAACGCCACCGUUUGCCCCUACUGCAGCCUUAGGUUUUUCUCGCCCGAGCUGAAGCAGGAGCACGAGGGCAGGUGUGAGUACAAGAAGCUGACGUGCCUCGAGUGCAUGCGCACCUUCAAGUCCUCUUUCAGCAUCUGGCGGCACCAGGUCGAGGUCCAUAACCAGAACACCAUGGCGCCGGCCGAGAACUUCUCCUUGCCUGUCCUGGAGCACAACGGGGAUGCGACGGCCGCCGCCAGGCCCCCGACGCAGCCCGAGCCCCAUAGGGCCAACCACGCGGUCACUGCCAAAGACGACACCACCUUCAGCGACUGCUCGGAGCAGGUGAACUUCGACUCGGAGGACUCCUGUCUGCCCGAAGACCUCAGCCUCUCCAGGCAGCUCAAGAUCCACGUCAAGGAGGAGCCCGCCGAGGAGGCCGAGGAGGAGGCGCCCGAGGCCCGCGCCGCCCCCAAGGACGCCGGCUCCAGCAAGGACGCCAGCCUGUGGCCCUGCGAGAAGUGCGGCAAGACGUUCACGGCGCACAAGCAGCUGGAGCGGCACCAGGAGCUGCUGUGCUCCGUGAAGCCCUUCAUCUGCCACGUGUGCAACAAAGCCUUCCGCACCAACUUCCGGCUCUGGAGCCACUUCCAGUCGCACAUGUCUCAGGCCACGGAGGACUCGGCGCAUAAGGACUCGGAGGCCUGCCCCGUGCCCACAAACUCUCCGUCCCCGCCCCCGCUGCCCCCGCCGCCGCCGCUGCCCAAGAUCCAGCCCCUGGAGCCCGACAGCCCCACGGGUGUGGCCGAGAGCCCCGCGCCCGCCACGGAGAAGCUGUUCGUGCCCCAGGAGUCCGACACGCUCUUCUACCACGCGCCCCCCCUUUCUGCGAUCACCUUUAAGAGACAGUUCAUGUGUAAACUGUGCCACAGGACAUUCAAGACGGCUUUCAGCCUCUGGAGUCACGAGCAAAGCCACAACUGAAAGGCCGGCCCUCCUCACCUGUCGCGGAAGGGGCGGUGUCUCCAGAGUGCGACCCUAAUUGGGAAACGUGCAUCAGAAGCGAGAUAUUGUUCAAAAGAGAAUAAUAAAGCUUGGAAAUUGUUACGCUUGAAUAGAAGUUGGGAGGGAAAUUGGUACUAAUUAGUGAUGAUGUCCUCACUCAGCCUAGGGAGACUAAAGCCUGUCGUGCGUCGGACCUUUCCGUCA